CUCAGUCUUUUGUGUUUUUUUUUUCUUCUUCUUCUUCCUUUCUCUUUUUCCAAGUUCUUUCUCUUUGCGCUUACACAUCUGCCUUCCCUCGACGUCGCCAUGAGCGCCAACCACGAGGCCGAUCCAUCUGUUCCAACCACUGCAGCAGCACCGCCAACUGAGUUUGGCGCGGGCUCAUUGCUCGGCCCUGGACCAGCCAGCCCACAGCGAACGCGGGCAACCGGAGCCGCAGCCCACUCUGAUCCCAUUCCCGUGAGUCCAUCUGCGCGCCGUCCCUCACGCGGCUCAGGCACAGGCACAGGCACAGGCACAGGCGCUGGCGCUGGCCAAGGGGGCUCUCCGACAAUCGCCUCGUCGCCGUCCGGUCGCCCACACAGACCGGGCCUGGACGCGAGCGCGCACGGAUCAAGCUCCAGCCAUCAUGGAUUGCCAUCGACGUCGCCCUCGCGCGGGUCUGGGUUUGGGUCUGGGUCGCCUGGCUCGAUGAUGCGCAGUGGUAAUGCCAAUGCAAUCACUGCACAGUCUCAAGCGUUGAUGUCGACAUCACCGUCGCAUCAUCAUCAAGGAUUCCAGCACGGAUUGCAUGCAUGGAUGUCAUCGACCUCUGGCUCUCCUUCUUCAGCCGGGUCUGGAGGUCUAUCGCGAAAUGGCACUGCGACGCGGCUCAAGUUCGCCUCGCCGCACAAGCUGGAUCAGCACAAGCUCCAGAUGGAUGCAUCGCGCGUCCAGCUGCUCCUAACACCGAAUGCUAUUCGAGAGCUCAAAGCAGCGCGCUCCAGAGAGCUGGAAAGCGGCGAACUAUCGCAGCAAACGCCGACAAAGAGCGCUCGGCCUGCAGCCCGAAGCGGAAAGCAGCAACAGCGGUCUGGCAAGGCCAAAUCCCCAGCAGGGCGACUGGUUGGAGACGACUCGGAAGAUGAUGAUGACGAUGACGAGUUUGAGCGCGGUGAUGACAUGGACGCCUUUGACCAACUGUUGGCCGAGUUCCAGAAGCUCGACAAUGAGAACGCGUUCGUUGAGCAAGCGCAGCCCAUUGUAAAUCGCAACAGCUCCAAACACGCACGGCAAACAGCCCCUUCGCGAGAGACCAUCCUUGCCCAACUCAUGUCCAACUCGUUAGACAAGUGCUUUGUCAAGGCCGACAUGAUUGCCAUCCGCGCAGCGUUGACUCUGCGCGGCCUGCCCACAGAAGGCCACCCCAAAGUCCUUCGCCAACGGAUUAAAUCUGCGCUCGUUUUCGAGCGUCGGCAGGAAUUGUUAUCACGCCUUUCCAACUUAUCCAAAUCAGAGUCACCAUCAUCGACUUCUUCGUCAUCGACAUCAGCAGCAUCAUCGUCUUCAUCAACCAAUCCCAGCACUCCGGACGCAGAGUGGGACACUUCUUCAACUAGUCCUCUCGUCGAGGUUCCAAAGUCUUCGUUCUUUGCCAAUCCCUCGGAAAUGUCUGACAGCUCGGACACCGACGGAGCUGAGGCGAGCGAGGAUGACACUGCCGAAUCAGACAAUGACAGCGGCCGGCCUGCGCGUCGAACCCGACGGGCGUCCCGACGACCGCAGCACCGGUUGCUGUUUCCGGGGCUCGAAGCACAUCACCAGAAUCGUCCACUGAUGGCGCUGUUCACAUCCAACGCAGAGAAAAUGAAGCAAACCGAACUGGCCGAUCUCGAGCACUCGGCUUGGCUCAUUGACCUUGCCGUCUCUCGUCAGGCAGGUCACUCGCUGACCAACUGCCCUGUGGCGCUGAUUGACCACCCGCAGUCGGAUGUCGCGGCCAUCACACGCGCAUUCCGCAUUCCUUCGCACUACCAACCGCAGUUUGACUACUUUGUGGUGAUUGACUACGAAGCCACCUGCGAAGAAAACGCCAGCUUCUCCACCUAUCCGCACGAAAUCAUCGAGUUCCCUGCUGUUGUUGUCAAUGCUCGCACCGGCGAGAUUGUCCACAGCUGGCGCUCGUACGUCCGCCCUGUCCUCAACCCGACGCUGACUCCGUUCUGCACGCAGCUCACUGGCAUCACGCAGAGUCAGGUCGAUGCCUCGCCGGUGUUUGAGGAUGUUUUCGAGCAGUUUGUGGUCUUUCUGCGCGACACAUUGGGUGUUGACGUGCGCGAUCCGACAACCCCAAUUUCGCCAGACAAGAGCGAGCCCGCCCCCAUCAAUCGCAGCAAUCAUCCUCCACGCGAGCGCACAAUCAGCACCAGCAGUGUUGAUAGUACGAACAGCGUGGACAGUGUGAGUAGCACCAGCAGCGCCGGCAGUGCCAUUGACUCGGACACGGAAGAGCCAACAACGCCCAGUUUCACCAUUUUCGAAGAGAUCAUCACACUCCCAGCCAUCCAGCCCAUCACUUCGUCUGUGUUGUGCGCCGAAUCGAGCAAUACAAAUUACGACGACGACGACGACGAUGAGGAAGAAUCGACUUCCGAAAUUCCAGGUCUAUUUGGCACCGACACUCGCUUGCGCUCCUUUGGUCGUCGUCGCUUUGCCAUCUUGUGCGACGGGCCUUGGGAUUUGCGCGAUUUCAUGACAAAGCAGUGCCGCCACAGCCAAAUAUUCCGACCCUGGUUUACUCAACAGUGGGUCAAUCUUCGCAUGCACUUCAGCAAGUUCUACCACAUGAAGCUCGGUGGCAUUGAUUUCAUGCUCGAGUCGCUUGGCAUGCAGUUCCAGGGAAAUAAGCACAGCGGUCUUGACGACGCAACCAACAUUGCACGCGUCGCUUGUCAAAUGCUGCGUGAUGGCUGUGCGCUUCACACGAACGACGAUCUCAUCCGUCAGCAGCACGGCGUUUGAAAACAAAAAGGCCUUGUUUAGUGUAGUGUUGUUUCGUGUUGGUUUUUGCUGUUGUGAUUGCUGUUGCUCGCUGUAUGCUUUGAAUUCGACUG